AUGGACUCUAUUAGUAAAGAGACUGUCCAACCGGACAGCGUACCACCCGUGAUGGCCAGCAUCGACGAAAAGAAGGCUUUGGAACAGUCCACCAAGCAGAACGAAGACCCAGUUCCCGAGGCAAAAAUGAGGCCCGAGAGGGAACCAACCGUUAAAGAUUACCUGCGUGUCUUCACGUACGCAACAAAAUGGGACAUUUUCGCGUACUUCGCCGCUGGCCUCGCUUCAAUCGCUGCUGGCACCACGCUUCCCCUCAUGAACAUCAUCUUUGGGCAGCUUGUCAACGAAUUUAAUGGGUAUUUUAUUCCGAACACGACUACCACAGAGGCUGAAUUCAAGAGAAUUGCUGACAGGCAAUCUCUCUAUCUAUUUAUUCUGUUUUUGGCCCGUUUCGUUCUGAACUAUAUCAACAAGUUCGCCUUCCGAAUGAUUGGUAUUCGGCUGUCCUCCGCCAUCCGCUUACACUAUCUCCAGCGCCUUUUUGGCCAGAGCAUCCAUGUCCUUGAUUCGAUGCCCGCCGGAACCGCAGCUGCUACCAUUACUACCACUGCCAACACUCUGCAGAUCGGAAUUUCUGAAAAGCUUGGUGUCUUUCUCGAGUUCAACGGCACAAUUUGGGCAGCCGUCAUUAUCGCCUUCAUCUAUAGCUGGUCUUUGACCCUAGUCACCGCGUCGGUCAUUUUGUUUAUCCUGUUGGUAUUGGGCAUUCUGCUGCCCUUUAUCGUCAAAGGCCAUACCCAGAUGACCAGGGCAGAAGGAAAAGCAUCUGCUGUCGCUAGCGAGGCAUUCGCAAGUAUCAAAAUGGUUACGGCUUGUGGUGCAGAAGAGCGUAUCGCGUCGAGAUAUGCUCGCUGGGUUGAAAUUGCCCGUCAGAAGGGCCAGUUCACUGCCCCACUGAUGGCUCUCCAAUUUGGCCUGAUCUUCUUUGCACUUUUCGGUUCCUUCGGUCUUGCAUUCUGGUACGGCACAAAAUCGUGGCUUGACGGACGAGUAAAUAACGUCGGCGAAGUAAUCAUUGUGCUCAUGUCUGUCAUGCUGACAGUCAUGUCCCUUGAGCGUAUCAGCACACCCUUGCUGGCUAUCAGUAAGGCAAUGGUAGCGGCCUGCGAAUUUCUCACUGUCAUUGAUGCCCCCACGCCUGACAAGGGAGAACUCAAAGAACCGCAAGUCUCAGCCAACGACGAUAUCGUAUUCGAAGAUGUUACAUUCGCGUAUCCUAGCAGACCUCACGUCAAGGUUCUGGACGGCUUGAACCUAACGAUCGAGUCUGGCAAAGUGACAGCCAUCGUCGGACCCUCUGGUUCUGGCAAGAGUACUAUCGUGGGUCUGAUAGAGCGGUGGUACACUUUGCAGGACCAGUAUGUUAUAGCCAAAGCGAUCGAAAAGGACAAGAAGAAGGAGGCCGACAAGAAGAAGAACAAGAAGAAGGGCAAGGAAGACUCUGAUGACGAAGAUAACAAGCCAGAACCCGAGGAGACCGGUCCAGCUAUCGAACUCAAGGGUUCGGUCUCUACUUCCGGCCAAACCCUUGACCGCAUUGAUCUGAAAUGGUGGCGGUCGCAGAUCGGUUUGGUCCAGCAGGAGCCGUUCUUGUUCAACGACACUAUAUUCAAGAAUGUCGCAUAUGGGUUGAUUGGGUCUCAGUGGGAAGAUGCACCCGAGGAGAAAAAGAGAGAGCUUGUGAGGGAAGCGUGUCAAGAAUCUUUCGCCGACGAAUUCAUUGAUCGUUUGCCAGAUGGAUAUGACACUCAAGUUGGAGAUAGUGGUGCGAAACUCUCAGGUGGCCAGCGACAGAGAAUUGCCAUUGCCCGAAGCAUUGUCAGAAAACCCAAAAUUGUCAUCUUGGACGAGGCCACUAGUGCUAUUGACGUUCGUGGAGAGCGAAUCGUGCAAGCCGCACUUGACAAGGUCUCCAAGAACCGUACAACAAUCACCAUUGCCCAUCGUCUGUCUACUAUUAAGAAAGCCGAUCGAAUUGUUGUCCUCAAGAAGGGAAAGGUAGUCGAACAAGGCACGCAUGAGAGUCUGCUCGAGAACGACGAGGGCGUAUACUACGGUCUAGUUCAUGCCCAGCAGCUAUCCCUCGGUGAUCAGGUGGAAGACAGUGACUCAGAUACCAAAGAAGAAGAUAUGGGCACAAUUCUCAACCGCGAGAAGAGCGCUGCAAGAUCCGAGGCAGACAGCACGCAUCAAAAGGACGCUGCGGUAAACCGUAAUAUCUUCCAGAGUUUUGGGCGGUUAUUGUACGAACAGAGAGAUCGAUGGUUGUUAUGCAUCCUCACGGUGAUAUUUGCUGCAUGUGCUGCGGCAGGAACACCGUUGCAGGCUUGGCUGUUUGCCAAGGUCAUUCUCGUGUUCAACGCAACUAAGACUCCCGACCAGAUUCGUAGCGACAGUAACUUCUGGUCGCUCAUGUGGGCAGUUUUGGCGAUCGGAAUCGGUUUGUCCUACUUCUUCAUGGGCUAUGUGUCAACACAUCUGGCUCAUUUCAUCAGCUCGACAUACCGGCAACAAUACUUCGAGGCAGUUCUGUUCCAGCGGACCUCAUUCUAUGACGAAGAGGAGAACGCACACGGCAGCUUAACCGCUCGAGUUGCUGGAGACCCCAAACAACUAGAGGAGCUUCUCGGACUCAACAUGGCAAUGGUCUAUGUCGCCAUCUUCAACGUCAUCGGCGCUAUCGCCAUCGCAUUCGCGUUUGGCUGGAAGUUAGCGCUAGUAGCUUUCUUCGUUACAAUGCCUGUUGGUCUCGUCUCCGGGUAUCUUCGAUUCAAGUACGAGAUUGAGUUCGACAAGAUGAAUGCAGCGGUCUUUGCAGAGAGCUCAAAAUUUGCUGCCGAAUCUAUCGGGGCAUUCAGAACCGUUUCUGCUCUUACUCUGGAGGACCAUACGUGUCUUCGCUACGAAACACUCCUCAAGGGCCAUGUCACCCAUGCUUUUAAGAAGGCCAGGUGGACCAGCUUCGUCUUUGGGUUUUCGGACUCGGUGUCAAUGGCUUGCCAGGCCCUAAUCUUCUGGUACGGAAGUCGAUUGCUUGCCUCUCGAGAAUACGAUCCCCAGGUGUUCUUCGUCUGUUUUAUGGCCGUGAUUCAGGGUGCGGAGGCGGCCGGGCAAAGUCUCAGUUUUGGACCCAAUGCGGCACAAGUCACCGGAGCUUCGAAUCGCAUAAUCAACAUGCGGGAUUCCAGAAACAAAGAUAUUAUCCCGGCGACGGAGAGAAUUCCGGAUACUGAAGGAGGCGUAAAGAUCGAGCUGCAGAAUGUACAUUUCAAGUAUCCGACACGAAACGUGUCGGUCUUCAAGGGGCUCAACUUAACAAUCGAGAAAGGACAGUUUGCUGCUCUUGUUGGAGCUUCCGGCUGUGGAAAAACGAGCAUUAUCUCGCUCAUGGAACGUUUUUACGACAUAGACAAAGGCGCCAUUCUUUGCAACGGAAAGAAUAUCAACGACCUCAACGUCUAUGAAUACCGGAAGAACCUGUCUUUGGUUGCUCAAGAAGCCACGCUUUUCCAAGGCACAAUCAGGGAGAACAUCUUACUAGGUGUGGAUGAUAAAGCUGUAACGGAUGAGCAACUGCACCGGGUGUGUCGUGAUGCCUCGAUCCACGACUUCAUCGUGUCUCUUCCGGAGGGAUACAACACCGACAUUGGCAGCAAAGGCGUUUCGCUCUCUGGUGGUCAGAAGCAGCGUGUCGCUAUUGCUCGCGCGCUUAUCAGAAACCCGAACAUUCUGCUUCUGGAUGAAGCAACGAGUUCACUCGACUCCGAGUCCGAGAAACUCGUGCAAGCUGCUUUUGAGAGAGCAGGAAAGGGGCGCACCAUGGUUGUUGUGGCGCACCGUCUUGCGACUGUGCAGAACGCGGACAUCAUCUUUGUGCUGGGAGAGGGCAAGCUCCUGGAGAAGGGCAGUCAUUUGGAGUUGUUGAAGAAAAAGGGUGUAUACUGGCAUAUGUGUCACAGCCAGGCACUCGACCGCUAG